AUGUUAUACAAAAAGUGUGUCCUCGUUGAAGAAGGCUGUCCCAAGAUCCAGAGUCGUGGGAUGACAAGGAAUACCAAAUCUGGUGUGUCCUGCCGUUGCCGACUGUUCUUGCUGACAGCUUGGAACGUCUGCAGCAUUAAGAUUUUGACAGUCCGUGACGAAUCAACAGAGGCAUUCAUUGCCCUGGGAAGCCUCAAGAAGUUGGAGGAACUUGAUAUGUCAAUCCUUGAUCCAGUACCACCUAGCACAGCUGCUCUGGCAUUUAAGGAGCUGAGAAUCCAGUGGUGUAGAGGUGACCCUAAUGUCACAAAUCUGCUGACUGAGCAGAUGCCUAGCCUUGAAAUCCACAGCAGCUUUGAAGAGGAGGUACCAGCUUACAACACAGAGGGUCAAGAGAGUGACGCACAAGUUGCAGAGGAAGAAGAUGAAGAGAACGCAGGGCCUGGCAAUGCAGAUGAAUCGCAGGAUGGCAGUUGGGAGAAUGACGAAGAUAGUAACGGUGAUAGAAGCAGUAGCAAUGAUAGUGAAAGUAAUAACAUUAUUUGGGAUGAAAGUAGUAUACCUGUUCUCUUUUUAGAGGAUAUAUAAAAGUGGUGUGACUUUUACACAGGAAUACAAAUCUCAGUACUGAUUGUAUUUCAUCUGGAGCAGUAUAACUGCCAUUAUUGGAUUGAGCAUAGCAUCAUAAUGGACAGCUAAAUGCGGUCAGACUAAAACUAGUGGUCUUUGUAACAUUAUCAUUAAAUUGACUUUCUGGUAAUGUCAUGUUAACAAUGGCAAAAAGUGUUUUGAAGUAAGAUAAUUAUAAAUUAUUCUAGAGGUGCAUAGCUGCCAACCUUGGGAAAAGACUGUCU